AUGGGCUCAAGGUCACCUUCCCCAAAUGCUUCUUCCCCUUCUCCAUCUCCAGCUGCAGCAGCUCCCUCAUCACUAAAUUCCCCACCUCCUUUAAACCCUACCAACCAAACAACUCAUUCAUCAUCUACCCCUCCGCCGGAGGAGGCCCCCACCCCCCUCCCCCCGCCUCCCGCAUCACCGCCACUGCCGCCGCCGUCCGAAUCACCACCGCCGUCGGCACCGCCACCAUCACUGCUGAGGUCACCGCCCGCAUCACCACCGACGAGAUCACCGCCACCGCCGCCGCCGCCGCAGAGAGAAUCACCGCUGAGGUCACCGCCCGCAUCACCACCGACGAGAUCACCCCCCGCAACACGGCCACCUCAGCCGCCAGCUGCCUUAGCACCGGUGCAUCAUCACUCUUCAGGAGGCGAUUCCGGGUCGGAGCUGCCGACCGCAAAAUCGGUACAGCCUAUCCGGAACAUAAGCGCCGAAGGGGAUUCAGUGAGCUCUCCGGGGCUGAGGGGCGGAAGCGUAAUUGUGCUCAGCAGUUUUGUUGGCAUUUUGGCUCUGACAGUGGCCGUGUUUUUCGCGUGGUUUGUCAAGAGAAGGAAGAAAGGAAAAGGAGGUGGUGGUGGCCGUGGUGGCCCGGAGAUCAACCAACCGGAGCACUCUGCCUUUGCUUCGUCCCAUAACACAGAUUCUGCAUUCCUAAGACCCCAAUAUUCGAAUCUCACGUGCUCAUCGGAUGGCGGCAGGGGUGCUUCUUCAAGGUCGUGGCUCACGUACGAGGAUUUAUAUGAGGCCACAAAUGGGUUUUCAGAAGAUAAUGUUUUGGGCAAAGGUGGUUUUGGCUCUGUUUAUAAAGGGGUGCUAAUGGACAGCAGAGAAGUUGCUGUCAAGCAGUUGAAAGCUGGCAGCAGACAGGGCGAGCGUGAGUUCCGAGCAGAAGUCGAGAUUAUUAGCCGCAUACACCACAGGCAUUUGGUCUCACUUGUCGGUUAUUGUAUCUCUGAGAACCAAAGGUUGCUCGUUUAUGAGUAUGUGCCAAAUAACAACCUGCAUUAUCAUCUCCAUGGUGAAGGCAAUCAAGUGAUGGACUGGGCUAAUCGAGUAAAAGUUGCAAGUGGUGCAGCACGUGGGCUAGCGUAUCUUCACGAAGACUGUCAACCGCGCAUCAUUCACAGGGAUAUCAAGUCGACAAACAUUCUCCUUGAUAACAACUUUGAAGCACGGGUUGCAGAUUUCGGGCUUGCAAAGCUCGCAAUGGAAUUGGAUAUAAAUACUCACGUGUCGACUCGUGUAAUGGGAACCUUUGGAUACAUGGCUCCAGAGUAUGCGGCCACUGGUAAACUCACUGAGAAAUCAGAUGUUUAUUCAUUUGGUGUUGUGCUUUUGGAGCUCAUUACUGGUCGGGAGCCUGUUGACUCGUCUCGACCUUCGGGUGAUGAAAGCCUGGUUGAAUGGGCUAGACCAUUACUCGCUCGGGCACUCGAGUCACUAGAUUUUGCAGAGCUUGUCGACCAGAGGCUCGAAAACAAUUUCAGUGAAAGAGAGAUGUUCCGUAUGAUAGAAGCAGCCACGGCUUGCAUUCGUCACUCGGCUUCUAAAAGGCCGCGUAUGAGCCAAAUAGCGAGAGCUUUAGACUCGAUGGAAGAGUUGGAUGAUUUGAGCAGUGUAAUCAUACAGAGCCAGAGUGGAAAUUUCGAUUCUAGAGAACAUUCGGCACAAAUCCGAAGGUUUGACAGAAUGGCUUUCGGUAAUGAAGACUACUAUAGCUCGGGUUCGUUUAGUCGCUCUCAAUGUAGUUGGAGGAGUUGA